AUGAAGGCGGAGGUGGACCCCUACGACAACUGGAUCAUGGACCACAUCGUGGCCAACAAGGGCACCACCACCAAGCUUACCAGGGAGAUCGCGGCUAAGCUCCAGCCAAUGUUGGCUUGUCAACACGCCGCGUGGAACCGCUGGCUCAUUGGCUACAACUGCUGGCCGUACAACCAGAUCAAGGUCAACAUUGUCGGCUGGGCUGCGAGAGAGGCCUCGGACCUGGAGUGGUCGGACGAGUCGCUCGGCAAGAUCUACAUCGGCGACCUCGACAAGGACGGAUCUCCCCACCUAGCGGCUGCGAUGAGAAGCGAUUAUGGUGGCGGCUUGGGAACGUACAAUUUCCAGCAGGUGGACCUCGACGACAUGCUUGCGCACCUCGACGACAAGGAGCUCGAGAUCGUGUCGCACGAGAUGGACCACGGCUUCGGACUGCCGGACUUUUACGAGGAGCCCAAACCCGACAACUUCCCGCCCACCCUCAUAGACGCCUUCACCUCGUCCACCGUCCGCGACACGGACGGCUGGAUGCUGCGCCUCGUGCUCGAGAACAAGAAGUCCAAGUACGACUUCUGA